UCCUCUUUUAAAGCAGCCUUCAUCCUAUUUGUUUCACUCGCUGUCCAUUUCCUCCUCUUCUGAAUUAGAAAAAUCCCCCUUCUUAUUUUAUAACAUAUACACACACACAGUCACAUAUCGCCAGAUCACUUCUUCAGCUUCUGAUGCGAAUGCUUUAACUCGCUUCUCUAUUCACGCAGAAACACUGAUAAUGGCAACGGAAGGGACAGAAUCUAACUGCAAUUCCUCUACUGAAGGUCUUCAAGACCAAUCUUCGCCUCGCCAAUCGCUGCCUCCUCAUUCAGACCACGAGGAGGAGAAAACUUAUGUCAAGUUUCUUCUAUCAAAUACUGAAGCCGGUUCAAUUAUUGGAAAAGGUGGCUCAACAAUCACCGAGUUUCAGUCCCGUUCUGGGGCAAGAGUUCAGUUGUCACGCAACUUUGAGUUUUUCCCUGGUACGUCGGAUAGGGUUAUAAUGGUAUCUGGGCUUGUGGAUAAUAUACUCAAGGCAGUUGAACUUAUUCUUGGUAAAUUGCUAGAUGAGUUUUAUGCUGAAGAUGGUGAUGACGUGCGAUCAAAAGUUAGACUAGUUGUGCCCAAUAGCUCUUGUGGUGGAAUUAUUGGGAAGGGAGGAGCCACGAUAAAAUCAUUUAUUGAAGACUCACGGGCUGGCAUAAAAAUAUCUCCUCAGGAUAACAAUUUUCCAGGACUGCAUGAUAGGCUAGUAAUAGUGACUGGAACUCUUGGGGAGCAGAUGCGAGCUAUUGAAUUGAUUCUAUAUAAGUUGGUAGAAGACCGUCAUUAUAUACAAUCUAUCAUUGCUCCAUUUCCAUAUGCAGCAGUUUACGUGGGAAUGAACUAUGGACCACCAAAUGGAAUUGGAGGGAGAUUUACAAAUAACAGAUAUCAGAACAAGGAAGAUAGGGACAAUUCUGUGACUAUUGGUGUUGCAGAUGAGCAUAUAGGGUUGGUGCUUGGGCGGAAUGGGAGGAAUAUAAUGGAGAUCAGUCAGGUUAGUGGAGCCAGAAUAAAGAUUUCAGAUAGGGGUGAUUUCGUGUCCGGUACUUCUGACCGGAAGGUGACUAUGACUGGAUCCCAAAGAGCGAUCCGCACGGCUGAGUCCAUGAUAUUUCGGAAAGUAGCAUCCGUUUCUGAGAGAUGACAGGGGUGAGUUUGUGAAAUGCUGAUCCACGGGAGGAGAGUAUGUUUUGUUGAAAGAGAGUAGCACAUGAAUUUUUUUGAAGAUUUUUCCGAAACAAAGCUUGUGGGAUAAAUUAUCACAGAUUUGAUUCAGUUGACUGAAAAUAUGACCAUUCAAUACAGCUAUAACGUUUCAUAGCUUCUAACAAUCAGUUAGGUCGUUUGUUUAUUCCUUAUAUCUCGUGAAGGGUAAUGUAUCAUCAAUAUGAGCAUCUACAGUGGCUUGCAUCGUUUAAAUUUGGGUUUUGACAGGAAAUUUGAAGGAAGAACAGAAGCGAUUAAGUAGCUUGAGAAACCGAAUGAGAAUGAAUAACAUCUUCUAUUGGGGUUGGAAGAUCAAAAGCCCAAUGCCCAGAUGAAACAAAAGGGAGACAGCAAAUACUGUUCAUGUUUGACCUAUUUUCCAUUUACAUAAUCCAGAAGUCUUUUGUCAAGCUCAAAACGGCCACAAAGAAGUUUCUUUGUAAUGGUAGGCCCAAAAACAUUUGGCUCAGAAUCAAACUCUGGAAAGCGUGCAACUUCUAUAGCAUUCUCAAAUAGAAUGUUCACAACAGCCAAGACGCAGUAUGCAACAAACACUUGAAUUUCUCGUUUAAGAAGGAAAGAGGAGCUGAGAAGCGGAGAAUCGAAUGGGGAUGUAGGAGAAGAAAAUGAGCAAGUGAAAUAGGUAGCAAGGCUUCGACACCAUCCGAUUUAACGAUCUCACUGGAUCUUAAGUAUAUUCCUGAUUUCGUUGAACACACGGUCCGCCAUUGUUGUUUUUUGACAUAGCUUUUGCUUAUGCCAAUGAUCCAGCUUCAUCCUUGUCCAAGAUAGUUUAUUCAAAGUCAUCGAAACACCAACAAAAGUUUAUACAGAGUUAUCGAAAGUCGAAACCAGAAUAGGAGACUAUUGGUGCUCCAUGUUAAGGUUAGAGAAGAAGAAAUGCCAUGUUUGUUCCACGAUGAUUCCAUUUUUCAAUAAUAACUCAGUUUUAUUUUUAUACUUU